GGAUUACAACCAGAUCAGCUGUAUUGAAGAUGGGGCAUUUAGGGCUCUCCGUGAUCUGGAAGUACUCACUCUCAACAAUAACAAUAUCACAAGACUCUCAGUGGCAAGUUUCAAUCAUAUGCCCAAGCUCAGAACCUUUCGACUUCAUUCCAACAAUCUUUACUGUGAUUGCCACCUGGCUUGGUUAUCUGAUUGGCUACGUCAGCGACCUCGGGUUGGAUUAUAUACCCAAUGCAUGGGCCCAUCACAUUUAAGGGGGCACAAUGUAGCAGAAGUUCAGAAACGAGAAUUCAUCUGCAAUGAUGAGGAAGAAGGUCAUCAGUCUUUUAUGGCUCCCUCCUGCAGCGUCUUACACUGCCCCGCUGCAUGUACCUGUAGCAACAACAUUGUGGACUGCCGAGGGAAGGGCCUUACUGAAAUCCCAACCAAUCUUCCAGAAACCAUAACAGAAAUACGGUUGGAGCAAAAUUCAAUCAAGGCCAUCCCCCCUGGAGCUUUCUCACCAUAUAAAAAGCUCAGAAGAAUUGAUUUGAGCAAUAAUCAGAUUUCAGAGGCAGCACCAGAUUCUUUCCAGGGCCUGCGGUCCUUAAAUUCCCUGGUUCUCUAUGGAAACAAAAUCACAGAACUUCCCAAAGGCCUUUUUGAAGGGCUUUUCUCUCUGCAAUUGCUAUUGUUAAAUGCAAACAAGAUCAACUGUCUGCGAGUAGAUGCUUUCCAAGACCUGCACAACUUGAACCUUCUCUCUCUGUAUGAUAAUAAGCUUCAAACCAUUGCGAAGGGCACCUUUUCCCCACUACGAGCUAUUCAAACCCUGCAUUUGGCUCAGAAUCCAUUUAUUUGUGACUGCCAUCUGAAGUGGCUGGCGGAUUAUCUCCAUACAAACCCCAUUGAAACCAGCGGCGCUCGCUGCACCAGCCCCCGCCGUCUAGCAAACAAAAGGAUUGGCCAGAUCAAAAGCAAGAAAUUUCGCUGUUCAGCUAAAGAACAGUAUUUCAUUCCAGGAGUUCACCAUUUGGGCUGCACAGAAGAUUACAGAUCAAAAUUAAGUGGAGAUUGCUUUGCAGACCUUGCUUGCCCUGAAAAAUGCCGUUGUGAAGGCACGACAGUUGACUGCUCCAAUCAAAAGCUCAGCAAAAUUCCUGACCAUAUUCCUCAGUAUACGGCAGAACUGCGACUCAACAACAAUGAAUUUGCUGUGUUGGAGGCUACAGGGAUUUUUAAGAAGCUUCCUCAGUUGCGUAAAAUAAAUCUGAGCAAUAAUAAAAUAACAGAUAUUGAAGAAGGAGCAUUUGAAGGUGCAUCUGGUGUAAAUGAGCUCUUGCUCACCAGUAAUCGGUUGGAGAAUAUUCGGCAUAAAAUGUUCAAAGGAUUAGAAAGUCUCAAAACCUUAAUGCUGAGGAGCAAUCGCAUUAGCUGUGUGAGCAAUGAUAGUUUUACUGGCCUGAGUUCUGUCCGAUUGCUCUCCUUGUAUGACAACCAAAUAACUACAAUUGUUCCUGGUGCCUUUGACACUCUUCAUUCCCUGUCCACACUAAACCUCUUAGCCAAUCCUUUCAACUGCAACUGCCACUUAGCAUGGCUGGGAGAGUGGCUGAGAAAGAAGCGCAUUGUCACAGGGAACCCUCGCUGCCAGAAACCCUACUUCUUAAAAGAAAUUCCAAUACAGGAUGUUGCCAUUCAGGAUUUCACUUGUGAUGAUGGAAAUGAUGAGAACAGUUGCUCUCCACUCUCCCGCUGUCCUGCAGAAUGUACCUGCCUAGACACUGUUGUUCGUUGCAGUAACAAAGGUUUGAAGACUUUGCCCAAAGGCAUCCCAAAAGAUGUAACUGAACUUUACCUGGAUGGAAACCAGUUUACCCUUGUUCCCAAAGAACUUUCAAACUACAAGCAUUUAACUCUUAUAGAUUUAAGUAACAACAGAAUCAGCACUCUUUCUAACCAGAGCUUCACCAACAUGACUCAGCUGCUUACCUUAAUUCUCAGUUACAAUCGUCUCAGAUGUAUUCCAGCACGAACAUUUGAUGGCUUGAAAUCGCUUCGGUUGCUGUCUUUACAUGGCAAUGAUAUUUCUGUUGUUCCUGAAGGUGCUUUUAAUGAUCUUUCAUCUUUAUCCCAUCUUGCCAUUGGAGCAAAUCCACUUCAUUGUGACUGUAACAUGCAGUGGCUGUCUGACUGGGUGAAGUCAGAAUACAAAGAGCCAGGUAUAGCUCGAUGUGUGGGCCCCGGAGAAAUGGCUGACAAGCUGCUUCUCACCACUCCUUCUAAAAAAUUUCUAUGCCAAGGUCCAGUGGAUGUCAGUAUUCUUGCCAAAUGCAGUCCCUGCUUAUCAAAUCCAUGCAAAAAUGAUGGCACCUGUAAUAAUGACCCUGUAGAUUUCUACAGAUGCUCCUGUCCAUAUGGUUUCAAGGGCCAAGACUGCGAUAUCCCAAUUCACGCGUGCAUCAGCAACCCUUGUAAACAAGGCGGAACUUGUCACUUAAAAGAAGGUGAAAAGGAUGGAUUUUGGUGUACCUGUGCAGAUGGAUUUGAAGGUGAAAACUGUGAAGUGAAUAUUGAUGAUUGUGAAGAUAAUGAUUGUGAAAAUAAUUCUACCUGUGUGGAUGGAAUUAACAACUAUACUUGCCUGUGUCCACCUGAAUACACAGCUGCUAAUCUGAAUGAAGUGGAAAAAGGUGAGUUGUGUGAAGAAAAGUUGGAUUUCUGUGCCCAAGACCUGAACCCUUGUCAGCAUGACUCAAAGUGCAUCCUGACACCCAAAGGAUACAAAUGUAAUUGCACACCUGGCUAUGUUGGAGAACACUGUGAUGCUGACUAUGAUGACUGCCAAGACAACAAGUGUAAAAAUGGAGCACAGUGUACUGAUGCAGUGAAUGGUUAUACCUGCAUAUGCCCUGAAGGGUACAGUGGACUUUUCUGUGAGUUUUCACCACCAAUGGUCUUGCCUCGAACCAGCCCAUGUGAUAAUUAUGAGUGUCAAAAUGGAGCCCAAUGCAUCAUCAGAGCCAACGAACCUAUCUGUCAGUGCUUGUCAGGUUACCAGGGUGAUAAAUGUGAAAAACUAGUCAGCAUAAACUUUGUGAACAAAGAAUCUUACUUGCAAAUUCCUUCAGCGAAAAUUCACCCAGAGACCAAUAUUACUCUCCAGAUUGCAACAGAUGAAGACAGUGGAAUCCUGCUGUAUAAAGGUGACAGGGAUCAUAUAGCAGUGGAACUGUAUCGUGGACGAGUCAGAGCUAGUUAUGAUACAGGAUUGUACCCAGCAUCUGCCAUUUACAGUGUUGAAAUAAUCAAUGAUGGAAAUUUCCAUGUAGUUGAGUUACUGGCUAUGGAUCACAUUCUGUCUUUGUCGAUUGAUGGAGGAAGUCCCAAGAUUAUCACCAACUUAUCUAAACAAUCAACUCUGAAUUUUGAUUCCCCACUUUAUGUAGGAGGAAUGCCUCUGAAGAACAAUGUUGCUGCACUGCGCCAGUCUCCAGGUAAAAAUGGCACAAGUUUCCAUGGCUGCAUCCGUAAUCUGUACAUCAACAAUGAACUGCAGGACUUUAGAAAUGUCCCACUGCAAGUUGGAAUCCUCCCAGGCUGUGAACCUUGCCAUAAGAAGGUGUGUGUUCAUGGAACAUGCCACGUAACCAGUCAGUCAGGCUUUAUGUGUGAAUGUGAUGGAGGAUGGACCGGCUCACUGUGUGAUCAACAAACCAAUGAUCCUUGCCUGGGAAAUAAGGACAUGGGGGAGUCCUCUGUGAUGAAGAUGAAGAACUGUUUAACCCCUGCCGGUCCAUCAGAUGUAAACACGGUAAAUGUAGGCUUUCAAGCCUUGGGAAACCGUAUUGCGAAUGCAGCAGCGGAUACACUGGGGACAGCUGCGAUAAAGCCAAAUCCAAUGAUUCUGCUCCUACUUUUAUCACAAACUCUACUUUUGACCUCUCAUCUUCAACUGAUUUAUCACAGCGAAUUAUACAGAAAUCUCUUGUCGAGGGGAACGAAUCAGAGAUUACUUCCAAAAGCAGCAAGGUUAUGCCGCAUGUCAGACGUCCAAGAAGGUAUCGAGACUAGAAUGCCGAGGAGGGUGUUCAAGUGGGCAGUGCUGCGGGCCAUUGAGGAGCAAGAGACGGAAAUAUUCGUUUGAAUGCACUGAUGGAUCCUCCUUUGUGGAUGAGGUUGAGAAGGUGGUGAAGUGUGGCUGUACAAAGUGCCCCUCCUAAACAUGACCUGUUUGCCCCACUUGUCUGUUUUUUGUUUUUGUUUUUUUAAGUUGUAUACUUAUUGACCUUGUCUUGGACUAAUUAAUUCUUCAUAGUGGAAAUAUUUGAAAUAUAUUGUAAAAUAAAGAACAGACUUAUUUUUAUUAUGAGAUUAAAUACACUUUUCUUCAAUUUGCAACAAAAAGAAUCAACUGCUUGAACUGAGACUUCUUGUAACUGAGAGGAGCUUUGAAGAGGAUUUUUUUAAAGACCUGGUAGCAUUUCAACAAUGGUGGAAAACUGAUUUUUAACAUCAACUCUUCUUUACAACAUGCUGAAGAUAAACACAUCACUCUCAAGUGAUGUUCAACCUGCCAAUCUAUUCAUGAAAAACUGAGAGAGUUUUAAAACUACUUUAAGGGUUUAACAAUAGUUUUUGGUUCUGGUUUUAUUCUCUUGCCAAAACUGUAUCAAACUUUUCCAAGGAAUUAGUGUCAGGUGAAAAAAAUCCAUUUGGGCAAACUUAGCAAAUAUCAGCUGUAUUUUGAAUGGCAUAAUCAGCUUGAGAAAAUGGGAUCUCUUGCCUCCCAAACAAAAGAGGAUGCACCAUAGUCCUGCAGUCUCUUGAUCUCUUUUAUGCCAGCAUGUUAUCAGGAAAAGAAAUGGAAUGUUGUUUAUCUACCCUUUCCAGUAUUAAUUUUUUUUGUAAAAUAAAUGUUAUGGGGAUGAUAAAAAUAGACUAUUGUUGGGAAAAUUAGGUAUAAUAUGAAGUUUCAUUUUUAUGAGUUCUGAACAGCUCUCUACAGUAUUCAGUUUCCUGAGAAAUAUUUAUUGUAUCAAAGUACAUUGUACUUAACAUUUAGGCCACCCCUUCUACUGUUUUUUUCAAUGCUUUAAUAUAUAUUAAUUUAUAUUUGUCCUGAUAUUUUUGUAUUGCCUAUUGUUGUUGUUUCUUAAAAAACUUAAAAUCAGGAUAUUUGCAAUAGAACUAAUAUAGUGUGCUCUCCUGGGGUAAAUGGAUUUGGUCUCAGUUGUUAUUUUCUUUUACUUUAGCAACCUGUCAUGUCAUGUCACUGAUAGAAAAGGAUGCUGAAAGCAACAACAGAUUGUAGUUUUCAUGGUAGCAGAGAAUCACAGCAUCUCUCAUGUCCUUGUAAUAUAUGAGCAAAAAAUGUAUUUACAGUAGAUAACAAGUGUAUAGAAGUUAUUGUUUCCCUAAGUAUACAUUACAAAAGAAAAAGGAAUGAUGUGUAGCAAAUUACACUAGAACAUAGACCUUUACAAACUAAUGUUCCCUUGGAAUCCCUUACCUUUAAAAUUAAAAAGAGAGAGACUGUAUUACCAAGAACUGUGACUUUCCCCAAAUACUAAAACUACUUUACUUGCCCUAAUGUUUCCCUUUGUUAACAUGUUGCUGCUAAAUCACAAUAUAUAAUUGGUAAUAAUUCUUCAUAGUGAGUUUUGUUGUUGUUUUUCUCCAAUAAAUUUUGGGGUACCCUGUAAAAAAGGAUGUGGGGUUUUUUCCAAUUUUUUUUAAAAAACAAAAGGCUAGAUGUACAUGUGUAAUACAGUAUUGCUUUGUCUUAUUUGGACUGAUAUCAGUACCUUUACUGAUGUUUGUAAAUUAAACAGAUAUCUACUUCA